GGGGAUCUAUGGUCAGGAUCUGAGGGUGGUAUAAUAAAGAUUUGGCCGUGGGAAGCCACGGAAAAAUCUCUUUCUCUAACACUAGAAGAAAGGCACAUGGCUGGAUUGUUGAUAGAAAGGUCAUACAUUGACCUUAGAAGCCAAGUUACCGUCAAUGGCAACUGCUGUAACAUAUUUGCUGCAGAUGUUAAGUACAUGUUUUCUGAUCAUUCCGAUCAAAAGUUUGAGUGCCGGAUAUUUGUCAUUUGCGUUGUGGUAAGUAUUCAGUCUGGAUAUUGUCCUCUCAAAGACUGA